UGUAUCUCUGAAGGAAGCAAGGAAGUCGGUUUGAAAGUCGCGUAGUGAAAAAAUAUUUAAUAUAUAAUAAUAAUAGUUAUAAUUAACUAAUUGAACAAAAAACAACAUCAAAGUAAAAAACAAGCAGCAAAACCACCCACUAAUCAAUAGAACCAGCUGUACAGCGUAUGUUUGUGUUUGUUAAGUGUUAAAUGUCUGCACCAGCAAAAUUCAUUAAAAAACAAAAAUUGUAGAUAAUUGAAACAGUGAUAAAAUUUCAAGAAUAUUAUUGCCUGCGGCAUAAUACCCUCCGCUGAAAAUAAAGUGUUUCGUGCUGAUAACUCAUUUGUAUUUACUUGUUGUGGUCACUGGCUAAGCUAGAAAAAGAAGAAUAAAACUGCUCCGUCUCAGACUUUUGUUUAUUUAAUUGAGUGUUUAUUUAGGCCAUGCGUGACCUCGGCUCGAAAAUGGCCGAGCUUAAAUUUGAGGCUCCCUUGGCAAAGAUGGAUGAGACCGAUGACUGGGCCGGCUGUGAUUUCAUCUCCAAUCAAAAUACCAUCAAUGACUCAUUGAACUUGAAUCUCAAGGAUCCCAUGGCGGCCCAAGAAAAUAAAAUUCGUCUGCUCGAGGAAGCCGUGAGGGAUGCCCAUGUCAGCAAGAAUGGUGGAUAUAACGUGGGAGGCAAUAUAAGUCCCAAUUGCAAUACCAUGCUAAGCGCCGAGAUGUCUACCACAUUGGAUGCUGGUGCCAAGGGUAAUGCAGAUGCCACCGAUAAUUUUGGUGAAGCGUUUGGUGGCAGUUUGGAAGAUUUGGUCAAUACUUUCGAUGAAAAGAUUACCAAAUGUUUUGGCAAUUUUGAGGAGAAUGUGGAGGCGCUGGCGCCAGUUCAAGUACGCAGUCAGGAUGAGAUUAUGAACGAAUGCCAAAUGUGGUGGACCAUUACCGGUAACUUUGGCAAUAUCUUACCCAUUGACUGGUCAAAGUCAUACACUCGAAAAAUGCAUAUGCCCACAUUGAAUUUGGGACAAAAUCCUCCCAGGCAGCAGGGUUCUCUUGAUGCCCAAACCCCAGCCGAUGAUUUAAAUAGUGAGGAUGAGGCCAUAGCCAAUGAUUUGGAUAUGCAUGCUUUGAUUUUAAAUGGCCUAAAUAAUGAACCCGAGGAACCCAUUAAAAGUGUAGAGGAAGUCAUCAAGGAAAUUGAAUAUAUUAUAGAUGAAGCCGAAAGUCCUUCGGAUGAGGCCACUACAUGUGAAUCGGAGGUAAUGGAAAAGGCCAAAGAGGUGUUGGGGGCACCUUUAUAUGCUGAAAAAUUACAAUAUCUCUCAAUAAACCAAUUGAACGAAUUAUAUAUGGAAAUGGAGGUUUUGAUACAGGAGCUGAGUGAAACUCUUAUCAAUGAAUUGGCUUUGCGCGACGAACUGGAAUUUGAAAAGGAAUUGAAGAAUUCAUUCAUCUCAAUACUGCUGGCAGUACAGAAUAAGCGACGCCAAUAUCAUGUGGAAAAGAAGCGGGGUAAAUUCCAGGGACCGGAUCCCAAAUAUUUAACCACAGUCAUACCCUAUACCAUGGAGAAUGGCACACCAAAUAAUCAAAAUCUCCAAGUUUUAAUAAAAAUUUUAAAAGCCAUUAAUGAGGAUAGUCCCACUGUACCAACUUUGCUAACGGACUACAUAUUGAAGGUGCUGUGUCCCACAUAAAUUAAGCAACCCUCAUGGAGGCUAAUGAAACAAACCCCAGAACAAAAAAACAAAACAAAGGAUUAGUUUUAAGUUUUUAUUAAAUUAAAUUUCCUCCUCCCCCAAGAGAAGAAAUGAAGAAAUUUAUUUAGAAAUUAGAAAAAAGCUAAUUUAAUUAUAUAUUAAAAGAAAAACUUCAAAAUAA